CAAAUUCCAGAGAGAAAGAGAAAGUUCGAGACUUUCGCUGCGCAGAACCUCGUCGUAGACAAUCGAGGGAGGAGGAGCUCUAUGAAGGUUGGAGUUGGAGAUUAGUAGACUACUCUGUUUUGGCUUUAUAUAAGACAUUCAAAUGUUAUCCAUCCCUGAUACCAGAAUGUGGAACCUAGCAUCAAGCUAUCUCACCGGACCGAAACACGAAACAAGAAGACCACCACCACUCCAUGCUCAUGAUGAAUGUUCUGACGAUGACGAUGAUGAUGAGGCUUCUUCAUCUGUAGGAAGCAAAGAGGAGAGUCUAGAGUGUCCCAUUUGCUGGGAAUCAUUCAACAUUGUCGAAAACGUACCUUACGUGCUCUGGUGCGGUCACACGAUGUGCAAAAACUGCGUAUUGGGUCUUCAAUGGGCUAUUGUGAAGCUACCUACACACCCUGUUCAGCUCCCUCUCUUCAUCUCAUGCCCUUGGUGCAACAAACUCUCUUUCCGUCUUGUCUUUAAAGGAGCUCUUAGGUUCCCUCACAAGAACUACUUUGUGCUUUGGAUGGUUGAGAGGAUGAAUGGUGAGAGAAGGAAUUCUCCAGGGAGAGAUCAAACAGAUGGGAACAAUGAUCACAUAAGAGAGCCUACUCCAUGUCUGCAUCAUCGUCAUCAACCUGUUCAGAGGGACAACAUACAGACAUCACUGAGGAAGUCUCUGGUUUUCUUUGUUCAGUUGACAGCAAAGUUCCCUUUGGUUGUCAUGUUCCUGCUGAUAAUACUCUAUGCAAUACCGGUCUGUGCAGCUAUUUUGGCUAUGUACAUUCUUGUCACUCUCUUGCUGGCUCUACCGUCCUUUCUCAUUCUCUACUUUGCGUAUCCUUGUCUUGACUGGCUCGUCAGGGAGAUUGUCACAUGAACUUCUAAGAAUGGUUCAUCCUCCAUGUAGGUAUAAUGAUUUCUGAAUCAUCUUUGUUCUUAUCUUUGUAGGAAGGUACUUAGUAGUAUUGUAAUAUUUGAGGAUCUGCCCUAUGGUUGCUUGAGAUUUGUCUCAAUAAUCUUUGUGUAAAAAGUACUAUUACCCUUGUUAAAAAAAAAAAAAGUGCUCGUACCUAAGAUUUUGGGAGCUGUAUACUCUUAUUUUGUUUUACGUU